AUCGAGAACCUUCCAUGGACCCCAGUUUUCUGAAACCCUACUGAGACUCUAAAACCCCCAAUCUCUAAUCGGCCUCUUUCAACAAACAAUACAUCAAUAAAACUUUGCAAAAUGCACAGGGUCGUCUCAAGGCGUUCAGUCUCCGCUAUCUUGCGUGCCGGCGGCUUACGCCACCGCAAUUCCGCAGUCCCGCUUUCUUCUUCCAUUCCCUUCGAUCAAUCGGCUGAUGAUGGUAAGACAGAAAAGAAAUGGUUCUCGUUUUUAGCGACUGGCAGCUGUAAUGCUACUGUUAAGCCUUUUAACUCAAGGAAUGUGCCUGUACUGGGUUACCGCCUUGAGUCGACUUCUGCGGCACAUGAUUCAUCAGGCCUUUCAGCUGAAAAAUAUGAGUACCAAGCCGAGGUUAGCCGUCUUAUGGACCUUAUUGUCAACAGCUUAUACAGCAACAAGGAAGUUUUUCUUCGGGAACUUGUCAGCAAUGCAAGCGAUGCCUUGGACAAGCUGCGGUUCCUUAGUGUUACGGAACCAGAUCUUUUAAAAGAUGCAGCUGAUCUUGAUAUACGCAUACAGACUGACAAAGAUAAUGGGAUAAUUACAAUUACGGAUUCUGGGAUUGGCAUGACACGCCAGGAACUUAUUGAUUGCCUUGGUACCAUUGCACAAAGUGGAACUGCAAAGUUCCUGAAAGCAUUGAAGGAGAGUAAGGAUGCUGGUGCUGACAGCAAUUUAAUUGGCCAGUUUGGUGUGGGCUUCUAUUCGGCCUUCCUUGUUUCUGAGCGGGUCGAAGUCUCGACAAAGAGCCCUAAAUCUGACAGGCAAUAUGUAUGGGAAGGAGAGGUCAACUCUAGCUCCUAUACCAUUCGAGAGGAGACUGAUCCAUCGAAACUCAUUCCUAGAGGGACUCGUCUAACUUUAUAUCUUAAGCGAGAUGACAAAGGGUUUGCACAUCCUGAAAGAAUCCAGAGACUUGUGCAAAACUAUUCUCAGUUUGUUUCCUUCCCAAUUUACACUUGGCAAGAGAAGGGAUACACUAAAGAGGUCGAGGUUGACGAGGAUCCAGUUGAAGCCAAGAAGGAUGACCGAGAUGAGAAAACUGAGCAGAAGAAGAAGAAGACUAAAACCGUAGUUGAGAAAUAUUGGGAUUGGGAGCUUACGAAUGAGACUCAGCCAAUAUGGCUUCGUAACCCCAAGGAAGUCACUACAGAGGAAUACAAUGAGUUUUACAAGAAAACCUUUAAUGAAUACUUGGAACCUCUUGCAUCUUCACAUUUUACUACUGAGGGUGAAGUGGAGUUUAGGUCCGUCCUUUAUGUACCAUCCAUUGCACCCACCGGGAAGGAUGACAUCGUCAAUACUAAGACGAAGAACAUACGGCUGUAUGUCAAACGGGUUUUCAUUUCCGAUGAUUUUGAUGGUGAAUUGUUCCCUCGAUAUUUAAGCUUCAUCAAAGGUGUUGUCGACUCAAACGAUCUUCCAUUGAACAUCUCACGAGAAAUUCUUCAAGAGAGUCGCAUUGUGCGCAUUAUGAGGAAACGAUUGGUUCGUAAGGCAUUCGACAUGAUUCUGGGCAUAACUAUGAGUGAGAACAGAGACGAUUAUGCAAGGUUCUGGGAAAAUUUUGGCAAACACCUAAAGUUGGGCUGCAUUGAAGAUCGUGAGAAUCACAAGCGCAUUGCUCCGCUGCUACGAUUUUUUUCUUCUCAAAGUGAGGAAGAUAUGAUCAGUUUUGAUGAGUAUGUUGAGAACAUGAAACCUGAUCAGAAAGAUAUCUAUUACAUUGCUGCUGAUAGUGUAACGAGUGCAAAGAAUGCACCAUUUCUGGAGAAACUUGUUGAAAAGGAUAUUGAAGUACUAUUUCUGGUGGAUCCUAUUGAUGAGGUUGCCAUCCAAAACCUUAAAUCAUACAAGGAGAAAAAUUUUGUCGACAUUAGCAAAGAAGAUCUAGAUCUGGGUGAUAAGAAUGAAGAGAAGGAAAAGGAGAUAAAGCAGGAGUUUGGUCAAACCUGUGAGUGGAUAAAGAAACGCCUUGGCGACAAAGUCGCCAGUGUUCAAAUCUCAAAUCGUUUGAGCACAUCACCUUGUGUACUUGCUUCUGGGAAGUUUGGUUGGUCUGCUAACAUGGAGAGGCUGAUGAAGGCACAAACAGUUGGUGAUACCUCGAGCCUCGAAUUUAUGAGAAGCAGGAGAGUUUUUGAGAUCAAUCCGGAUCAUCCGAUCAUCCAAACCUUAAAUGCUGCAUGCAAGAGUAGUCCUAAUGACGAGGAAGCCUUGAGGUCUGUUGAUCUUUUGUAUGAUGCAGCAUUAGUUUCAAGUGGUUUCACUCCUGAGAGUCCGGCUCAGCUUGGAGGCAAGAUCUAUGAAAUGAUGGGCAUGGCUCUUUCAGGCAGAUGGGGAACAUCUGCACAGCAAGUAAACCCCCCAUCACAUGUCCCAGAAACCAUGGAAGCUGAAGUAGUCAAGCCUGCUGAAGCUGGUAGUCAGAAAUUAUAGAAGUGAGGACUUCCAAUCUUUAUGCCUUUGUAUAAAUCCUGAAUUUACGGUAUAAUAUGAGAUUUAGUUGGAAGUCCAGCAUGGAGCAACCUACUGGAGAACUUGCAUUACAUCACUGUUAUGCAAAUAAUUUACGGUUAACAAAGCAGCAACGUCCGUCUUUUUCCUUCUUGUUAAUCGCUUGCUAAAGAGCUGAAUAAAACUUUUGACGCUUUUGUGUGUUACGGGUCUGUAUGCGCAUGCCUAUAGGUAGCCUGCUUUCAUGGGAAAAAAGGGUUUGUCAUCAUUUUGGAAAACUGAUCCAUUUCAUAUUAGAAAUAAAUGGAGGGUUUUUCAUUUCAGCUUCCAUGAUUGGCAUCCAUUUGGACUUACUGUAUAAAUGUUGUGGAUUUAAAGUUCGAAGUGGAUUAGAAGAAGAAAGAACUCAACCAGUGUAGUGGACAGCUGCGAGCCCCCCUUUGGCAGCAGCUCCAAUGCUCGAUGUAGCAAUUACUCUUCAUAUUGAAUCCGUCAACCUGCCUUGUGAUUCUUUCUCUAAGCUUGCGUAAAUGAAAUUAGUACUGUACAGCUAACAUUCUCUAUUUGAAUUUGAAAGAAUUCUUUACAUGUAACAGGAACUAAUCGUCAAUUUUAUGUUCUUAGCUUUGAAUUGA